AUGCCCGGCAACACGAACGAUGACGGUGGUGAGAGUGACCGGGACCUGCUGAACGAAGACGAUGCGGCCGAUCUAUCUUCUAGGCCGCGCCACUCAGGACCAGGCGACCUGUCGAUGAACCCUCACUCCUCACCCACGGCGGCUUCCAGCAAGACCCUCCCAUCUCCGCAAUCAGCUGAAGUCGACCCCGUGGCGAGCGCCGAAGACACGGACCGCAAACAGGACGUGCCUCCUGACUGGUACGUGGAGGGACCUGGCAGACGAGUAGGUUACGAUGACCUGACUGGGAUCGACUGGAUCUAUGAAUACACAAAGGAGCGGCAACGGCUGCGGACGUUGCUGGCAGUUCACAAGGGUUUCGUCGGGAGUCUGAGACAACUGCUGGAUGCAAGCCAUGUGUGGAUUGUACUCGUGGCCAGCGGAAUAGCGGUUGGAUGUGUAGCCGCAUUCAUCAACAUUGCCUCAGACUGGCUUGGAGACAUCAAGACGGGUUAUUGCAAGAAAGGUGUCGGAGGUGGUGACUUCUACCUCAACAAACAGUUCUGCUGCUGGGGCCACGAUGAGUUCGCUCAGUGUCAAGAUUGGACCCCUUGGCCAGAGGCACUGGGUAUCGGAGCCAAGGCAGGUCAGUUCGUCACGGGCUACUGUUUCUUCAUCAUUUUCUCUAUCUUGUUCGCCGUUUCGGCCGCAGUACUGGUCAAGCACUUUUCUACAUACGCCAAACACAGCGGCAUACCAGAGAUUAAGACUGUCUUGGGCGGCUUCGUCAUAAGACGCUUCCUUGGAACUUGGACUUUGGUCACAAAGUCUCUGGGCCUGACCCUGGCAGUGUCGUCAGGCAUGUGGCUGGGCAAAGAAGGCCCGUUUGUUCAUCUGGCUUGCUGCUGUGCCAAUAUCAUCAUGAAACCCUUCGAGUCACUCAGCCAAAAUGAAGCCCGAAAGCGAGAAGUCCUCUCUGCUGCUGCUGCAUCGGGCAUCUCGGUUGCCUUUGGUGCGCCCAUUGGCGGAGUCCUGUUCUCACUCGAGCAGCUAUCCUAUUACUUUCCCGACAAGACGAUGUGGCAAUCAUUUGUCUGUGCUAUGGUCGCAGCGGUGACACUCCAAGCGCUGAACCCCUUUCACACCGGAAAGAUUGUCCUCUACCAGGUUACCUACACCACUGGCUGGCACGGCUUCGAGCUGGUGCCAUUCACACUUCUCGGCGUCACCGGUGGAAUCUAUGGCGGCUUGUUUAUCAAGUUGAACAUGUUCAUCGCGCGGCUGCGAAAGUCGCAAGCAUACCCCUUCCGAGAGAGGCCAGUUUUGGAAGUCCUGGCUGUCUCUGCGCUAUCGGCAGUUGUCAACUAUCCUAAUCUGUUCAUGAGAGCUCAGAUGUCUGAACUCGUCUACUAUCUUUUCGCAGAGUGCGACACUAUCGGCAACAACGACAUCUUCGGUCUCUGCCGGGCCACAACGGGCGGAGCUCUGUCGAUGGUCUGGCUCUUGGUAGCCGCAUCUCAAUUGGCGUUUCUCCUUGCAAGCAUUACCUUUGGUCUGCAGAUACCAGCUGGCAUUAUAUUGCCUACCUUGGCGAUUGGUGCUCUCUAUGGCCGGGCGCUGGGAGUAGUUGUGGAACUACUACACAAGCACUUCUCGCCGUCCUUCAUAUUCGCUACUUGCGAGGCCGAGGGCCUCUGUGUCACUCCUGGCACAUAUGCUAUUGUCGGUGCCGCUUCAGCCCUUGCCGGAGUAACAAGAAUGACAGCCUCCAUAGUGGUUAUCAUGUUUGAACUGACUGGUGCACUCACCUAUGUCCUCCCGAUCAUGAUAGCUGUCAUGCUUGCCAAGUGGAUUGGAGACGUCUUUUCUACGCGAGGGAUCUAUGAAUCUUGGAUUCAGUUCAACGAGUAUCCUUAUCUGGAAAACAAAGACGACACAACCAUGCCACAUGUGCUGGUGUCUAGCGUGAUGACAAGGGUGGAGGAGAUGAAGUGCUUCGAUGCCAAUCGACCCUAUACUGUCAAGUCCUUGCAGAGCAUUCUGCGUACAACUUCCUACCGCGGCUUCCCCGUGGUAGCGUUCGGAAACAUGACCAGCGAAAGAAGUCUCAAAACAGUCGACGGGUCGACUGGAAACCGCCAGGCACCCUGCGACAACACAUUCCUCGGGUAUAUCUCCCGUGCCGAACUGGUGUUCGCGCUGGAACGUGCGACAAACCCCAACAGCAAUGCGUCGGGGCCUCACACUGAACCCGUGGACGAACGUACCCCAUGUUAUUUCAGCCACCUUGCGAACCUCGCGCGAGGCCGCGGUAUAGACCUGCGGCCCUGGAUGGACCACACUCCGAUCACACUGAACGCCAAAAGUUCACUGCAACUGGCGGUGAGUAUGUUCCAAAAACUCGGGCUUCGCCACCUGCUCUUCGUGGAACGUGGUGCUUUCAAGGGCAUUCUCACCAAGAAAGACGUUUGGUGGAUAUUGUCUGCAUCGGAAGGUGGAAGCAAGGCUACAGGCUUCAUGCCUGGUGCGGAAGCCCUUCAUGAGAGUGGGUUGCAACCAGGGGACGACGAAGGCCCAGAAGAAGCAAGGGGGCUCUUGCAGGCGCAUUCAGGCGACCAACAUCAUCAAAGAAUGCCUGGAUAG